AUGAAUCGGAGAACCCGAUCAUUUGCUAGGCAUUCCCUGAUCCGAUCCGAACCCUUCCUAAAGUACCUCAAACCCGGCGCCCUAGCUCGCCUCAGGGACUCACGAAUCAGCGCCAGAUCGCACCGAACCAGCUCCGUCUUUCAGAUCUCUCCGUCCUCUCCGCAGUCUAACGGCGGUCAACCCUUCUCUACAGCUAUCGACGGCUUCCCUUGCUUUGCGGAGACAUCGAGAGUUUAUGGGCCCAGGUGUCUCCAGAGGAAGAAGCUAAUCGCGGUCAAAGGAAUGCUGUUUCUGAAUUCAACACAGUCUGCUCUGGAUUUGCCCGAUCCGAUUAUGGACUUGUUAACAAGUGAAUGA